UUUUGGUGUUUCUGGAAAAGAGGGCCGGUGGGGAAAAAAAAAAGAGGCCUUGCGGAGCGGAAGGGACCCUCGCCUUUUAUUUAUUGAUCUUGCAAUAUUGAAGAAAAGCCUCUAUGCAAAGAGGCUGGUGAUCUUAGAGGCUGAAGAAGUUGGUGGUUCUCCAAGAUCAAAGCCGGAGGGCCCAACAGAAGGAAGUCAUGCUGGAGAGCAAUGAAACGGUCACUUCUGUGGGUGAUUGGCAGGACACUGAAAGUUACGAAGAAUCCUCUAUGGAGUCAUCAGAAACCACCAGCCCUGAAGCAGGAAAGGAGACCUUCCCAAAUCCAAAAGAGCCUCCCAAACCAUCCAAGAGCGAGAAGAAGCCUUCCACCUUUCAGGAUGCUGACAUCCACGAUCUCCUGGUCCCGCAAGAGGGUCACCAAGGGAAGUGGAGGAUCCAGUGUCCCGUCUGUGGGAAGAUAUGCAAAUAUAAAUCCGAUUUCAACCGACACCGGGUGACCCACACAGGCGAGAAGCCGUAUCGAUGUACCGAGUGCGGAAAGAGCUUCAGCGACAGCGGGACUCUGACCGCGCAUCAAAGAACCCACACGGGGGAGAAACCCUACAUAUGUACCGAGUGCGGGAUACGCUUCAAUCGGAGCGGGAGCCUCAAGAGGCACAAGAGAACCCACACGGGGGAGAAACCCUAUCAGUGCCUGGAAUGCGGCAAAUAUUUCAGCCUGAAAUCGAUCCUCACCACACAUCAGAGAACCCACACGGGGGAGAAACCCUUCAAGUGCAUGAACUGCGGGAGGAGCUACAGCCGUAAGGGUAGCCUUGAUCGGCACCAGCGGGAUCACCCAGGGGAGCAAGCCUACAUCUGCGCGGAGUGCGGGAAAAGCUUCGUGGUCAGCGAUAACCUUCCCGCCUACCGAAAUCGCUACACGGGGGACCAGCCCUAUAAAUGCAUCGAUUGCGAAAGCCGAGUGAUCAACUUGGUCUAGUUUUGAGGGCAAAGCCUGCUCUCAAAAGCCCAAGCUCUGGACCUAAACCAAAAUUAGGGACGCCACUCGCGCCGGGUUCCCAAUGGUUUAUUAAGUCAAACAGCUGAUUCCAACUGACUGCAAGCUGCCUGACGAUCAGCUGCUCAUCAGCCGGCUUGCAGGCAACCACGAUCAGCUGAUCAUCAGCCAAUUUGCAAUCAGUCAGGAUCAGCUGUUCGUCAGCUCUUUGUUGCUUGCUGCUUGCAGCCUCCAACGCUUUCCGGUCCGAUGGCCUUCGGGAUGUUCUUCCUACCACCCACCUCCUGUGCUAGGGGUCCCUCCCCCAGGUAUGGCAAACCCCAUUUUGGGGUUUGACAUCUGCUCUGAAAAGGGGGAAGCCCUCUGAAGGAGGAGACACACUUUGUAACCUUGUAUGGGAAACCAAAUCAACCCCCUUCCCUCCAGAAGGGUGCAAUUUGAAAUCUUUGGAUUUUGAGAAGGCUUUGGAUAUGAAUGGCAAAGGGUCUUUGCAUCGAAGGGCUUCUACAGGUAGUCCUCAACUUACAACAGUUCAUUUAGUGACCGCUCAAAGUUAUGAUGGCCCUAUAAAAAAAAAAGGACCAUUUUUCACACGGCCAUGAUGGCAUCCCCGCAGCCAUGUGAUCAAAAUUCAAACGCUUGGCCACGGACUCAUAUUUACGACGGUGGCAGCGUCCCGGGGCUCACGCGAUGUCCUUUCGAGGCUUUCUGACAAGCAAAGUCCGUGAGGAAACCAGAUUGGCUUAACGGCCCCGUUACGAACUUUUUAACACCUGAAGGGAUGCGCUUAAGCAAGCGUGGCAAGGAAGGUCGUAAAACGGGGCAAAAUUCAUUUAACGUGGUUAUCUCCAGCGUUUUGCUUAGCAGCGUAAAUUUGAGGCCCCGUUGUGGUCUUCCAUACAGGGGGAGGGGCUCAAAAAGGAAGUAAAAGCAGUUCCGGACAUGGGAGAUUCUGCACAGAAGGGGGGGGAUUCACUUUCCAGCAAGAGAACACGUGUGUGUGUGUGUGUGUGAGAGAGAGAGAGAGAGAGAGAGAGUUUGAUAUAUAUAGAAAGGGAGGGAGAGAGAGAGAGAACGGGAGGUGUAGAAUAAGUACCAAUGAUUGAAGAAAUUUUAAAGGAACAAUUCUCUCAACCGGAUUUCAGGAUUAUACCUCUACCUGGCUUGUGCAAAAGUCCUCCUUUCCAUUCAGAACCCUCCCAUCUGGACACUGAAGAGGGUCAGCAUUCAACCACUCCUUGGUUAGGUGGUGUUUUGUUUUUUUUGUGGGGGAGGGAGCAUUGAUUGGCAGAAGGGGCAUGGAGGUUAUCUUGAGCCAGCCCAGGGGUGAAAUGUAAAAUUUGUUAUUACCGGUUCUGUGGGCGUGGUUUGGUGGGGGUGGGGGUAAUGUGACUGGGUGGGCGUGGCCAACUUUUUUUUUUUAACUUUUAAAAGCAUUUUUUUCUACAACCUCUUCAGCCAAAGAGGUUGUAGAAAAAAUGCUUUUAAAAGGCUCCGUUGACGAUCCCAGCUGAGUUGCCUGAUCGUCAGAGCCUCUGGUGGCUCAACAGACUAAGUCUGUCUGUUAUUAACACAGCUGCUUGCAAUUACUGCAGAUUCUAGUCCCACCAGGCCCAAGGUCGACUCAGCCUUCCAUCCUUUAUAAGGUAGGUAAAAUGAGGACCCAGAUUGUUGGGGGCAAUAAAAGUUGACUUUGUAUAUAAUAUACAAAUGGAUGAAGACUAUUGCUUAACACAAUGUAAGCCGCCCUGAGUCUUCGGAGAAGGGCGGGAUAUAAAUUCAAGUAAUUAAAAAAAAAGAGGCUUUUCUUUUCUUUUAAAAGCAUUUUUUGGGGCCUUUAAAAGAAAAAAAAGCCUCUGACAAUCAGGCAACUCAGCUGGGAUUGUUAGAGCCUUUUAAAAGCAUUUUUUCAGCCUAAGAGGUUGUAGAAAAAAUGCUUUUAAAAGCCUCUAACAAUCCCAGCUGAUCCACGCGUGAUCAUCAGAGGCUUUUUUUUUACUUUUAAAAGCAUUUUUUUGGCUGAAGAAAAAAAUGCUUUUAAAAGUAAAAAAAGAAACCUGAUGAUCGCACGGCUCAGCUGGGCAUGUGGUAGAGGGGCCAGGGAUUUUUGCUACCGGCUCUCUGAACCACCCGCCACCAUCGGUACCGGAUCAGGCGAUCCAGUCCGAACCGGGAGCAUUUCACCCCUGAGCCAGCCCCAUCACUCAGAUCCUCUGCAGAUCCCAUCCUGUUUUGCCGUGUUGCAAGGGAGGGGCAGUUGGGAAUGGGAGUUUAAAUUAUGAAAGGCACCCAGAACCGGAUCACCAGAAAAGUGAAAGAAAACCUACAAAGCAGCCGUUGUUAAAUCAUGCAGCUCUCCCUGGAAAAAGGAAAGAGGUUUAAAAACGGUUGGGGAUUAAACCGCUUGGAUGCAAGGGGUUGGAAGACUGGCAUGAAUCAAAACGUUUUUCUUUGGUCUUGAAAUAACUGCGAAAUGUCAAAUAAAGUUAGAAACAACACUCGAAAGCCCACCCAAGUUAUUUUGAAAGUGGAAUGACCGCGGCGAAAGAGACUGGCAAGCAUAAAUCAGAAAUCAUAAUAACAGAGUUGGAAGGGACCUUGGAGGUCUUCUAGUCCAACCCCCUGCCCAGGCAGGAAACCCUACACCAUUUCAGACAAGUGGUUAUCCAAAAAAUUUCCAGUGUUGGAGCAUUCACAACUUCUGCAGGCAAGUCGUUCCACUUACUGAUUGUUCUAACUGUCAGGAAAUUUCUCCUUAGUUCUAAGUUGCUUCUCUCCUUGAUCAGUUUCCACCCAUUGCUUCUUGUUCUACCCUCAGGUGCUUUGGAGAACAGCCCGACUCCCUCUUCUUUGUGGCAGCCCCUGAGAUAUUGGAACACAGCUAUCAUGUCUCCCCUAGUCCUUCUUUUCAUUAAACUACACAUGCCAAGUUCCUGCAACCGUUCUUCAUAUGUUUUAGCCUCCAGUCCCCUAAUCAUCUUUGUUGCUCUUCUCUGCACUCUUUCUAGAGCCUCAACAAAGCAGGAGGAGGACAAUUGUACAGGCAGUCUUCAAUUUGCAACCAUUUGUUUAGAGUCCAUUGAAAGUGACUGAAAAAAAGUGCUUUUUACUGGUUUUCACACUUAACAGCCGUUGCUUCCCCAUGGUCAUGUGAUCAAAAUUCAGGCACCUGGCAUGCACUUAAUGACGGUUGCACUCCCCCCCCAGGUCAUGUAAUCAUUUUUUUAAAAAAAAUAUUUUUAAUACAAACAAACACAAAAACAUCUUCCAUCCAAGUACAGCGUGUCUGUAGGUUGAUUACGAAUCUUUUGUGCAAUUUCAACAUAUGCAUAUCGUUAAUUUAUCUAAUCUUACAUUUUAUCAAUCUUGAUAUAUAUCCAAAUGUUUUAAUCAGUUGAUCCUUUAAUUAACCAUAGUAUUUUAUUCUAUCAUUUCAUGUGAUCACCAUUUUUUUUUUCAAACCUUCCCAGCCAGCUUCUGAUAUGUAAAGUCACUGGGGAAAGCCAAAUUCGCGUAACGGCCUCACGAUUCAUUUAACGACUGCAGCCAUUCGCUCAACUGUGGCAAAAAAGUUAAUCAACUGCCUUGAUUAGCAUUUU